UCUGCCAUCAUGGGUCAAGACAACGAGCCUAAAACUUACCGCUACAAUGAGACUCCGGUCUACACGGCCUCCAACGGCUGCCCAGUCAUGGACCCCCAGGCUGCUCAGCGCAUUGGUCCCAACGGCCCUCUUCUAAUGCAGGAUUUCCACCUGAUCGAUCUGCUGGCACACUUCGACCGUGAGCGCAUUCCUGAGCGCGUGGUUCACGCCAAGGGUGCUGGCGCCUACGGCGAGUUUGAGGUUACUGAUGAUAUUAGCGAUAUCACUAUCAUUGAUAUGCUCAAGGGUGUCGGCAAGAAGACCAAGAUGCUCACCCGCUUCUCGACCGUUGGUGGUGAGAAGGGAUCCCCGGACAGUGCCCGUGAUCCCCGCGGGUUCGCCAUGAAGUUCUACACCGAGGAGGGCAACUGGGAUUGGGUGUUCAACAACACCCCCGUUUUCUUCCUGCGCGACCCUGCCAAAUUCCCUGUCUUCAUCCACACCCAAAAGCGCAACCCGCAGACCAACCUUAAGGAUGCCACCAUGUUCUGGGAUUACCUCUCCACCCACCACGAAGCCGUCCACCAGGUGAUGCACCUCUUCAGUGAUCGCGGUACCCCAUACUCCUACCGUCACAUGAACGGCUACUCCGGACACACCUACAAAUGGAUCAAGCCAGACGGCACCUUCAACUACGUCCAGAUCCACUGCAAGACCGACCAGGGCAACAAGACCUUCACCAACGAUGAGGCAGCCAAGCUGUCCGCCGAGAACCCCGACUGGCACACCCAGGACCUAUUCGAGGCCAUCCAACGCGGCGAGAACCCCUCCUGGACCUGCUACGUGCAAGUCCUGAGCCCUGAGCAGGCUGAGAAGUUCCGCUGGAACGUCUUCGACCUGACCAAAGUCUGGCCCCAGAACGAGGUGCCUCUGCGCCGCUUCGGCCGCUUCACCCUAAACAAGAACCCGGAGAACUACUUCGCUGAGAUCGAACAAGCCGCAUUCUCCCCCUCCCACAUGGUCCCCGGUGCCGAACCCUCCGCCGACCCUGUCCUUCAGUCCCGCCUCUUCUCCUACCCCGACACGCACCGCCACCGCCUGGGCGGCAACUACGAGCAGAUCCCCGUCAACUGCCCCCUCAAAGCCUUCAACCCCUCGCACCGCGAUGGUUACAUGAACGUCAACGGCAACUACGGCGCCAACCCUAACUACCCCUCUACCUUCCGUCCGCUCGCCCACAAGCCCGUCAAGGCUAGCCAGGAACACGAGAAGUGGACCGGCGCUGUCAUCGCCGAGCAGCACCCUGUGACCUCCGAGGAUUACGUCCAGGCUAACGGCCUGUGGCAGGUCCUUGGCCGUACUCCCGGCCAGCAGGAGAACUUUGUCGGUAAUAUUUCCGGUCACCUGUGCGGCGCCGAUGAGCGUGUUCGCAAGGCUACUUACGAGAUGUUCCGCCGUGUUAACCCGGAUCUUGGUGCUCGCAUCCAGUCUGCUACGGAGGCACAUGUUACUGGUGCCCCGCCAGCACGUUUGUAG